GUGCUGAGGUGCGGUGCGGCUUUCCGCGCUCCUGCUCUUCCUGGCGUAAUUAGGGUCGUGCUUUGCGCUCGUGGUCGCUGCUCCCGCCGACUCCUUCUGUCCUCCUUCUUCCCUGGGGCCGAUCCAGCAGCAGACUCACAUGAGCUUCUCAGGUGUUGCCUAAUGGAAUUGCUUGGACUUCUACCACUCUAAAAGAAGAGAUUUUUAUUCUACACAGUCAGCUCUGAGGGACUGCCCACUCAUUAUUCUACAGAAAAGAAAUGAUUAUAGAAAUGUUCUAAACCCACCUGGAUACCUACCUGUGCAACCUGGUCAAGGAAGCCUGCUUUGGCAGGGGGAUUGAACUAGAUGAUCUUUAGAGGUCCCAUCCAUCCCCUACAAUUCUGUGAUUCUGUGAUUCUUCUGAUUAUGUUUUUGUAUUAACACUGGUUCUUGCAUCAUGAUCACUGGCUUUGUGAAACAGCCUUAGCAGAGCUUGCUUUCUCAUUUGAUUCUUGGAAACUGGAGAUUAUUUCUACAGUACUAGAGGUCACACUUCAAGUCUGGAGAAGGGAAGGCUCAGGGGAGACCAUAUAGCAGUCUAUAACUACCUGAAAGGAGGAAUUUCUAUGGGAUGCAGAUCAUGCUACUGGAAUGCACUUGGGUAAAGGAUGUGUUCUGCAUUUCUCUCAGGAGUCUUCCAAUACAUUUGCUUAAUUACCUUUUAAUGACAUUCUAAGUGAGCUGAUGUGAAAUAAAUGACCUUGAAUCAUGAGUGAAGAAAAAAACUUUGGUGUAUCCCAGAAAAUGUUGUCUCCUUCAAGAAGCACUAGCAGCUGCUCCUCUAAGCAGGGAAGUCGACAGCAGGACAGCUGGGAAAUUGUAGAAGGACUCCGGGGAGCAAUGAAUUGUACCCAGGAACCACAGAAACAGGAAGGCUGCUUGCUGAAAAAAAGAAAAUGGCCUUUGAAGGGCUGGCACAAGAGAUACUUUUUUUUGGACAGAGGGAUUUUGAAGUAUUCUAAAUGCCAAGCCGAUAUAGAGAGAGGGAAACUUCAUGGCUGUAUUGAUGUUGGACUUUCUGUCAUGUCUGUAAAGAAAUCAACAAAAUGUAUAGACUUAGAUACUGAAGAGCAGAUAUAUCAUCUGAAGGUGAAAUCUCAGGAGCUGUUUGAUGAGUGGGUGGCAAAGCUUCGUCAUCACAGGAUGUAUCGUCAGAAUGAAAUCUCCAUGUUUCCUCAUGACGUCAAUAAUCUUUUCUUCCCUGUAUCUACUACUGUGGAUUCUGGCCCUGGUCUGUGUGAUUUGACUCCAAGUAGAAAGGCAGGAAGCUUGACCAAACAAAACUCGCUGUCAGCUGGUGGUAAUUUGUCAUUUUCCUUUUCGAGUAAUGAGUCCAGGAUUCCAUCUUGGCUGCAGUCUUCUGAAGACAUGGAAAAAUGCUCAAGAGAUUUGUCCACUUGUCAUGCAUAUUUACUGGAAAUGAACCAGCUGUUACAGAGCAUGGAUGUCCUUCACAGGACCUAUUCAGCACCUGCUAUAAAUGCUAUGCAGGUUGGACCUUUUGAAAGCCCAAAGAAGGAAAAGAGAACACAUAGGAGGUGGCGAUCUAGAGUUGUUGGGAAAGAGGCUAAGGGAACAUUACAGGUGCCUUCAGUAUUUUCUGCCCCUAUGAGACUACAUGCUUCCAAUCCUAACUUAUCUACAAUAGAUUUUGUAGAAGAGAAAAACUACUCUGAUGGCUCUGAAACAUCAUCAGAAUUUACUAAAAUGCAGGAGGACUUAUUUCAUAUUGCACAUAAAGUGUACUUCACCUUGAAAUCAGCUUUCAGCAGCAUAUCUACAGAGAGGGAAAAGCUGAAGCAGAUGCUAGAGCAUGAGGCAUCAUCAUCUCCAUCUGCACAAAUAGUUGGCUUGAAGAAUGCCUUAACGUCUGCAAUAGCACAAAACACAGAUCUAAAAGACCGGUUACGCAGAAUACAUGCCGAAUCUAUGAUCCUUGAUUCAGCAUCUAAUGCAAAAUCAAGUCCAGAUUUGGUGAAGGAAAAUUCAAGAGAAGAAAACAGAGGUCUGGUUCACCAGAUCUCCAAUGAAAGCAGACUGUCUAUUGCUGACUCUCUUACAGAAUUUUUUGAUGCACAGGAAGUCCUACUGUCUGCUAGUUCUUCAGAAAAUGAGGUAUCAGAUGAUGAUUCAUACGUAAGCGAUAUCAGUGAUAAUGUCUCAGAAGAUAACCUAAGCAAUGACAUAGAGAAUGAAAGACAAACUUUAGACUGUAUUUCUGAAAGUGGAAUUGGAUGUCAUUCUAAAAGGAGAACAUGUUUACCAGCUCCAUGUCCCAAUACUAGUAACAUCAGCCUAUGGAAUAUCUUAAGAAACAACAUAGGAAAGGAUCUCUCCAAAGUGGCCAUGCCUGUGGAAUUGAAUGAGCCACUUAACACCCUUCAGCGUCUCUGCGAGGAGCUGGAAUACAGUGAGCUACUAGAUAAAGCAGCUCAUACAGCCAACCCAUUUGAACGGAUGGUAUAUAUAGCUGCGUUUGCAGUAUCUGCAUAUGCAUCCAGUUACUACCGAGCUGGAAGCAAGCCAUUUAAUCCUGUUCUUGGAGAAACCUAUGAAUGUAUUCGUGAAGAUAAGGGUUUCCAGUUCUUUGCAGAACAGGUCAGUCACCAUCCACCUAUUUCUGCAUGCCAUGCUGAAUCUGUGAAUUUUGCUUUUUGGCAAGAUGUAAGAUGGAAAAACAAAUUCUGGGGAAAGUCCAUGGAAAUUGUUCCCAUUGGUACAACACAUGUAACUCUUCCAGCUUUUAGAGACCAUUUUGCAUGGAACAAGGUGACAUCUUGCAUCCAUAACAUCUUAAGUGGGCAAAGAUGGAUUGAACACUAUGGAGAGAUCAUCAUCAAAAAUCUUAAUGACGACACUUGUUACUGCAAAUUGACUUUCAUAAAGGCAAAGUAUUGGAAUCCAAAUGCACAUGAGAUCGAAGGCAGUGUCAUGGAUAAAACUGGGAAUGUUGUGCAUCGACUCUUUGGGAAGUGGCAUGAAAGUUUGUACUGUGGGACAACUUCAUCUCCAAAUUGCAUAUGGAGAGCAAAUCCAAUGCCUAAAGACUAUGAACAGUGGUAUGGAUUUACUCAGUUUGCAUUGGAGUUAAAUGAACUGGACCUGCAAACAAGGUCACUGCUCCCAUCCACUGACACACGCUUUAGACCAGACCAAAGGUUUCUAGAAGAAGGGAAUAUUGAAGCAGCUGAAAUGCAAAAACAGAGAAUUGAGCAGCUACAGAGAGAACGACGAAAGGUGCUGGAAGAAAACAAUCUAGAGCAUCAGCCUAGAUUUUUCAGGAAAUCCAAAGAUGACUCCUGGGUGAGCAAUGGAACCUACAUGGACCUUAGAAAAGAACCGGGUUUUUCCAAACUGGACAAUCCUGUCCUCUGGUGAAAGAGGAGCCAAGUGAAGAUAUUCCAUGCUGUACUCCUGGAUCUGAUUUUUAAAAAGUAUAUAUAUAUAUACUUUUGUAUGUGUAUAUAUAUAUACACACAUAUAUUAUAUGUGUGUGGAGUGUGUAUGUGUGCAAGUGUGCAUAUCUUCAGAACUGUGCUUGAUUUAGAAUCUGAUAAUUCAUUUGUUUUCUCUACUCUGUUUCAAUGAUUGUUUGAAUGUACAAAUACCCUAACUUCUUUUUGUAAAAUAUUUAAUAAAUAGCACUGAAUGAACAAGUAGAGGGAAAAGAAGAGCUUUUACACUACUUUCCCAAUGUGUAGUAAUGUCAGUUAAGAGUUAACUUAUGCCUUAUCGAGUUGCAUUGAAGACAGUAGCAUCAGCGUCUCCUAGCUGUGCUGAGAAACGAGCGUUAAGCCUUAUGACUCCAACUGUAAGUAGGCUUCCACAGUUCAGUGAGUAAUUCAGCUGUCUAUGGACUGGUCUAAAUUGCUAAAACAGAUUAUCAGCUGGUGCUGAAAUCUGAGUACAAUCUUUUGCUGCUUGUGGAAAAGAUAUUUAAAUAAGCUUUUCUUUCUAUUAGCUUUCUUACUAGCAUUAUUGGAAGGGGAAGUUCUGCAGUUACAUCAUAGAAUCAAGUCAUAAAUAUAAGCUGUGCCUGGCUAAAAGUAGUUCUAGAAAAUCAGGAAUCGCCAAAAUUUUCCACUGAGAAUCUUCAGAUUUAUAGUUGCCAACAGGGCACGAGGAGAUCUUUUGUAUAUAAUGUUUGAGCACUGUCUAAAUGAAGCAGCUCUCUUUCUGCAGGAAGUAGUAUGUAUACAGAGCACGAAAUCGUGUGCUUCCGUAGCUUCGUUUGUUUUUAUUAACCUAAAAACUGCAACAGUAAAACUUUUUAAAAUUAAGCAAACUAACUGAUUGUUUUAAGCUGGAAAUUUUUUCUUAGUAUUUUGAUAUUUUCUACCUCUUAAGAAAUAAAUGACAUAUUUAAGAUCUUAUAUUUAAAAAAUGACCAUCUGCCUUAUGGAGAAAUGUAUGGAAUCUCUGAUCUUCCUCUGUUUGUUAUAUUUAGAUAAACGUUCAAGUGUCUUGCACUAAAUCAGUUGCAUCUCUUUCCUGUAAUUUUAUACAUUCAGAUAGAUUUGCGAAAGCACUAAGUCUCUGAUUAAAAUAUAACAGGAAAAAAAUGUAGCAGAAGUCUUGCUUUGAGUCAAGAUUAUAGUAAUGGGCAGUAUCUUUUUUUCCAUGAAAUCACAAUGCUUUGUUCAUUAACAGGAUAAUUUGCAUUCCAACCUAUCUGCAGUUCAAGCCUGACUCAUGAUUCUUCAAAUCUGUUCUGUGUAUCUGUGACUCUCUGUCAUCAACACGGAUUUCAGGUGCAGGUCAAUGUCCACCACCACUCUUUUUUCUUACAUACCAUUUCAAAAAAAUAAACCCUGUCUGUGAUAAACAUUGUUAACGUGAACUAUGACUGGAACAUCUGGACAGUGCAUGGGUAAGAGUGAUUGUUAGAAGGACAAGUAGCUUAGAAAAGCUUACAGCUUACUGUGUGCUGCUUUGUUCUAAAGAAAACCCAUCAAAAUUGAUCAAUAUAAUACUUGUAACAUGAAGUAAAUACUAUGAAAACUUCCAUUUUAAACCAAAUCUGUGGUAUCAAUUUAGAUGUAUAUUUAAGUUUUGCUUUCUGCUACCUUGAAGCUUCACUGUGUCCCAGGCAGAUAAAUGUUUUCUCACUGUUACUCACUUUGCUCAGGAACUCUGGGCUCACUAUCAUUUCUGUAAUUUAUCACCAAAAAUGUUAGUAUAUUUUCUUAUACUUCAUGUGUCUUUUAAAAACUCAGCUAGCACUCCAGCAGCUUGCAACAAGGCAUGUUUCAAGUCAGCAUGAAAACAAAAUCUGGGCUUUUAUUCAGAAGGGAAUCUUAACCUUUGGGAGCUGUUUGGCUUUUCAAGGAAAAUGAAGGUCUCUUCAUGACUUGAAUCUUUCUUGUUUUAUUCUUGUAUUACCAAACUUGACACAGAAGUGAGUGGAUAUUUGUAAUUAUCGUUGUUGUUUGCAAUUACCAUCUAUAACUAAUAAUUACAUGCAUUUAACAACAAAGGAUGGUAAGAGAAAGGAGUGUAAAAAUGCUUUUGAGAAAAGGAGUAACAUUUGUGAUGGAUGCAUUGACUUCUCAUUGUCAUAUUUGGCAGCUGUUGUGAUUAUGGUCUGAUCUGAUUGCUGGUUUGCAUUUUCUGUGAAUGGAGUGGAUUUCCCCAUACUUUGUCAUACGAACUAAUAGUUAAUAGCAUUCAAAUAAAGGGGCUAGGGACAAAGUUAACGAACUGUAAUGCAUUAAAGUCUGUGGGUGUUCAACAAAACUCAUCUCAUUUUGAUGCUUGAGUCACAGUUUUUGAGAAAUCCAACCGGCAUUGUUUUCCUGUAUCUUACAGUCUGAAAUGUUUAAAAGACACUUAGUUAAAGACAAGGAGCAGUGAACUGGGAAGUGCCUUACAGAAAAUUUUAGCAAAAUUCCCUUAUCAAGAAGGCAAACAUCAGAAUUUCACUAUUUUCUUCAGUAAAAUAAUGCCCAAGAUUAUGCUAGGCUUAUAUCUGGUGUAACCAAUGGUGAAUGAUCCUCUGGCCAAUAUUUCCAGCUGCAGUAUAGUUGUCCCUGCCUAUGUUUGUAUGAAAGAGUUGAGUUUAAUUGCUGAGCUUCUGUCAACUAUAUAUUAAGAAUUGGAAAGAAAUUGUCUUGAUGUUAUUUCUGUGUAUUUCUGUUUAAAAAUAUAUUAAUCAUUCACAAACUUUAAUAUACUCUAUAGUUAUUCUUGGUGAAAUAUGAAAUUUGGUUUUCCCCAAAUAACUUCCAUUUUCUUUCAGCAAUGCACUAGGAGAUCUGUUGUGUUUAGUAACUGACAUUUCUACCCUGAGUGGUAGAAAUAAAGUAUUAGAUGACUGACUGCUUUCUUUCCUGCACAGCAGUGAUUCCCAAACUGUACCACUCAGUGCAUCAAUCUUAAGAUUUCCUGAGGACCAUUGCCUCCUGUUUUAACACUUACUUGAUGACUUUGUAAGCAUUGCUUAAGAUACUGUGGGGGGACAGUUUGAGCACUACUCAUCUAGCUCUCUCCUUCUCUGUGCACCCCUUCACAGAGCAAAAAGCUCACUACAAAUUUACAUCAACGUAAUGGAACAGCUCAUGCCUUCAAGUGUUACGACACUGACUCAGUUUUCAAAUUGCACAGCAAAGAGAGAAAAGGUCAUAGGGAAAUAGUGUUUAGAGAGACAGAAACCCACAGCUGUACUUCCAGAUUUACAGGCUUGAACAUUUUGUGCAAAGUUUGGUAUUAAAAAACAACAGUUUAACUUGCUUAGGACACUACUCUUGGUAGUACAAAGUGCUGUAUAGACUGAGUGGAUGUAGUGUGUGCCAUUCAUCAUUGCAUUCUUUUUUAAUCUUUCCUCUCUGAUAUAUGCUUUGUGUUAAUUUGCCUGUAUUAAUCUAUUUUUUGGGUGCUUUUGAAGUACAGAUCCAGUCAAGUACUUAGGUUCUUCAUACAGAGCUUGGAUAAUCUACAUUUAUGCAUGACUUGUACUCCUUUGAAGGAUCUGAAGCUGGCUCUUGGGGGAGGUGGUGGUUGCAGACACAGUCACCUUAUUAUUUGGUAGCUUACUGGUUAGUGUCCCUGCAAGAGUUCCAGGCUGUUGAGAUGAGGUCAUUGGACAGAAAGGAACACAAAGGAAUAUACAACCAGAGGCAGCUAUGGGGCUAGGGCUGUUCUUGAAUUAAAAAACGAAAUAUCUGCCCUUCAAUUUCCCUCAGCUGUUUACACUGCUUUUAGGUCCCUCACAUCUAAAGGUCCUUAUUCAAUGUCCUAUUUUCUCUUUAUUAAAAAGAAAAUCCUGGAAAGUAGUAGAACAUCCCAUUCUGACAAGCUUUUAAAUGACAAAACAGUUACUUUUUUCCUAUAAACAUCGUGGCCUAUUUCUGUACUUUUCCUUUGGCUGCAAACAGGACUUUCGCAGGCUGGCACUCUGGUGUCAGACCACAGCCUGGUAACGGUGCAGCUCAAUCUGCUCAGCGUACUCCGAGUUAAUGUGCUUGCAUCUGCUUUUGUGUAAGUCUGUUCUAUUAUGUCUCUGGAUGACCAACUUUUCAGAGCUGAAAAUUUUGUUUUGUUCAGUUUUUGUAUGUAGCUCCUAGGAAGCGGGGGCAUGCUGAAGAGGAAUACAAAACCUGGACUGCCACACCUACGUAAGAGUGAAGGGUGAAAUCCAUCUUCACAUAACUGAGUACAGCCUGCAUGAGCUGGAGUGGGAGGUGCUAUUCAAAGGAGUGAUGCUCAAAUGGAAGGCUCUUUAGAUUAGGUAUGUUUUCAUUCAUGGAUUCUGCAUACUAUAAAUAAACUCAUCUUUUCUAUCUUCUAGCUGCUGGUGGGUGCAACUCAGUCCAUCAGCUGGAGUUAAGGACUUGCAAAUCUUAUCUGGCUUAUCUAUUAAAACUUAGUAAAUGCUGUAAUUUACCACCAAACACAUUAUUGUGCUGCUCUGUUCUUUGAUGCUGUUCUUGCUGUAGUUUUUGAAAGCAAUAAGAGAAAUUUCCCACAUAAAUAGUUGCUGUAUGUUAAAAAAAUAUUUUAAGUGAUUCUUUUUCUUAUAUAUACAAGUCGUCAAUUAGAUGUUACUGCUGUAUAAAACAAAACUGUAUUACAACUUACGGGAAAGUUUUGGAGAUUGAUCCAAUAGAAAUUAUGAGCUCUUUCACCUUCACAUGUCUGGGGUGAUGGUGAAAAUAUUUGGUAUUCUUGAGAACUGUAUUUAUGUUGAGUGUUUUACUUGUUCCAGUACUGGAAAAACAUGCCACAUGUAUGAGGUAUUACAUAUGCGGUGCUGCUAAAUACUGACGUUGUUGUGUGUUUCGAUAGAGCGUUAAUGAUUUUGGGAUGAAGAAAGUUAUCUUCUGUGUUAGGAUGGCCACCAGCUUUCAGAUUUUUGAGAAAAUUUUCUGUAGUCAUCAUAGUUCCUGUUUUCUGCUUCACUUAACGCAAAAAUUUGUAAUAAUGUUGGAGCACCUUGAUGCACAAUUUCAUUUACAUUUUUGUCUCUGUAACCAAUUUAGUUGGAUGUUAAUAAAUCAUACUUGAAAAAGGCCA